GUGUGACGUCUAAUGUAGUGGACGGGACACUUCAUCAACAGUAACAACAGUUAGUCGGCCACCUCCGUAGCCAACAUUAUCGAAAACAGUCACUGUGUUUUAAACAUACUUCUGCCGUGUCUAUUUGUUGGCCCAUUUAAUGUAACGUUAAUAUUUACGUUGUUUGUCAGGUAGCUGGCUUGCUAAGUUAGCUUUGCACGAGGCUAAUCGCUAAUGCUAAGUAGCUAGCUAGUUAACAUCCCCGACCAUGAGUUCACUUAGCUACUCCACUCCUGCUGAAGAAGAGGAGGUCUGCUGGACGGAGAAAGAAGAAGAGGCUGACACAGUUAAACAAGAAGUAGAGGAUGAGUCUGUUACUGUGAAAGAAGAAGCGAAUGAAGCUUUCAGAGUGAAAGAGGAGGAGGAAGUUACAGUGAAAGAAGAGGAGACUGUUACUGUGAAAGAGGAGGAGGCUGUUACAGUGAAAGAAGAGAAAGAAGCUUUCAGAGUGAAAGAGGAGGAGGAUGUUACUGUUAAACAAGAGGAGGAAGAAGUUUUUGGAGUGAAGAUGGAGGGGGAGAUUACUGUCACGUUGAAAGAGGAAGAAGAGGAGGGGCAGAUUACUGUCACGUUGAAAGAGGAAGAAGAGGAGGGGCAGAUUACUGUCACGUUGAAAGAGGAAGAAGAGGAGGGGCAGAUUACUGUCACGUUGAAAGAGGAAGAAGAGGAGGGGCAGAUUACUGUCACGUUGAAAGAGGAAGAAGAGGAGGGGCAGAUUACUGUCACGUUGAAAGAGGAGGAAGAGGAGACGGGAGAUCUGAGUAACACCAGAAAGAGACCAGAUUCUCACUCCAGUAGGAAGAGAUUCUCCGAUAGCGGGAAGAGUCCUUCAGGGAAACCAGAACCAGAGACUCCCAAACCAGCAAGACGACACCACUGUUCCCAUUGUGGAAAGAGUUUUAUGAAGUUACGGAACCUUAAAGAGCAUGAGAGAACACACACGGGAGAAAAGCCUUACCAAUGUUCCCAAUGUGGAAAGAGUUUUACCGUGUUAGUUAACAUGAAAAGGCAUGAGAGAAUACACACAGGAGAAAAACCUUACCAAUGUUCCCAAUGUGGAAAGAGUUUUACCUUGUUAGUUAACAUGAAAAGGCAUGAGAGAAUACACACAGGAGAAAAACCUUACCAAUGUUCUCAGUGUGGCAAGAGUUUCACCCAGUUAGGGAGCCUGAAAAUACAUAACAGAAUACACUCUGGAAAGAAGUCUUACCACUGCUCCCAAUGUGGGAAGAGUUUUAACCUGUUAAAGCACCUGAAAUCACAUGAAAGAACACAUUCAGGAGAGAAGCCUUUCCACUGUUCUCAAUGUGGAAAGACAUUUUCUCAGUCAGAGGACCUGAAAUCCCAUGAGAGAAUAGAGAGGCUGUGUUCUGACUUGUGUUUCUGACUGAUCAUUUGUGUUUUUGUUUAUGCAACUUGAAGUCAUAUUGUUUUUAUGAAACCUUACUCACAUAAAAUCAUUUUUUUUACAUGAAACCUAACUCAAAAAUAUAAAUCAAAUUGUUGAUAUGAAACCUUACUAACAUACACCUUAGCCAAAUAUAUUUAAACUCAGUUUUUCACAAUUCCUGACAUUAAAUCCUUGUAAAAAUGCCCUGUCUUAGGUCAGUUAGGAUCACCACUUUAUAUUAAGAAUGUGAAAUGUCAGAAUAAUAGUAGAGAGAAUAAUUUAUUUCAGCUUUAAUUACUUUCAUCACAUUCCCAGUGGGUCAGAAGUUCACAUACACUCAAUUAGUAUUUGGUAGCAUUGCCUUUAAAUGGUUUAAUUUGGGUCAAACAUUUUGGGUAGCCUUCCACAAGCUUCCCACAAUAAGUUGGGUGAAUUUUGGCCCAUUCCUCCUGACAGAGCUGGUGUAACUGAGUCAGGUUUGUAGGCCUCCUUGCUCGCACACUCUUUUUCAGUUCUGCCCACACAUUUUCUAUAGGAUUGAGGUCAGGGCUUUGUAAUGGCCACUCCAAUACCUUGACUUUGUUGUCCAGUUAAGUAAUUUUGCCACAACUUUGGAAGUGUGCUUGGGACCAUUGUCCAUUUGGAAGACCCGUUUGCAACCAAGCUUUAACUUCCUGACUGAUGUCAUGAGAUGCUGUUUCAAUAUGUCCAUAUCAUUUUCCUUCCUCCUGAUGCCAUUUAUUUAGUGAAGUGCAACAGUCCCUCCUGCAGCAAAGUACCCACACAACAUGAUGCUGUCACCCCCGUGCUUCACAGUUGGGAUGGUGUUCUUCAGCUUGCAAGCCUCCCCGUUUUUCCUCCAAAAAUAAUGAUGGUCAUUAUGGCCAAACAGUUCUAUUUUUGUUUCAUCAGACCAGAGGACAUUUCUCCAAAAAGUACGAUCUUUGUCCCCAUGUGCAGUUGCAAACCGUAGUCUGGCUUUUUUUAUGGCAGUUUUGGAGCAGUGGCUUCUUCCUUGCUGAGCGGCCUUUCAGGUUAUGUCGAGCGUCUGCUAAAUGACUUAAAUGUAAAUAUAGAACUUGUUUUACUGUGGAUAUAGAUACUUUUGUACCUGUUUCCUCCAGCAUCUUCACAAGGUCCUUUGCUGUUGUUCUGGGAUUGAUUUGCACUUUUCGCACCAUAGUACGUUCAUCUCUAGGAGACAGAACGCGUCUCCUUCCUGAGCGGUAUGACGGCUGCAUGGUCCCAUGGUGUUUAUACUUGCAUACUGUUGUUUGUACAGAACGUGGUACCUUCAGGCGUUUAGAAAUUGCUCCCACGGAUGAACCAGACUUGUGGAGGUCUACAAUUGUUUUUCUAAGGUCUUGGCUGAUUUAUUUUGAUUUUCUCAUGAUGUCAAGCAAAGAGGCACUGAGUUUGAAGGUAGGCCUUGAAAUACAUCCACAAAAAUGAUGUCAAUUAGCCUAUCAGAAGCUUCUAAAGCCAUGACAUCAUUUUCUGGAAUUUUCCAAGCUGUUUAAAGGCAAAGUCAACUUAGUGGAUGUAAACUUCUGACCCACUGGAAUUGUGAUACAGUGAAUUAUAAGUGAAAUAAUCUGUCUGUAAACAAUUAUUGGAAAAAUUACUUGUGUCAUGCACAAAGUAGAUGUCCUAACUGACUUGCCAAAACUAUAGUUUGUUAACAAUAAAUGUGUGGAGUGGUUGAAAAACUUACGACCUCAACUGUAUCUAGGAUUCCAUGCUGGUCCAUAGUCACAGUCAAUAACACAUCUCUAGGGUUCCAUAGUCACAGUCAAUAACACAUCUCUAGGGUUCCAUAGUCACAGUCAAUAACACAUCUCUAGGGUUCCAUAGUCACAGUCAAUAACACAUCUCUAGGGUUCCAUAGUCACAGUCAAUAACACAUCUCUAGGGUUCCAUAGUCACAGUCAAUAACACAUCUCUAGGGUUCCAUAGUCACAGUCAAUAACACAUCUCUAGGGUUCCAUAGUCACAGUCAAUAACACAUCUCUAGGGUUCCAUAGUCACAGUCAAUAACACAUCUCUAGGGUUCCAUAGUCACAGUCAAUAACACAUCUCUAUGGUUCCAUAGUCACAGUCAAUAACACAUCUCUAGGGUUCCAUGCUGGUCCAUAGUCACAGUCAAUAACACAUCUCUAGGGUUCCAUAGUCACAGUCAAUAACACAUCUCUAGGGUUCCAUAGUCACAGUCAAUAACACAUCUCUAGGGUUCCAUGGUCACAGUCAAUAACACAUCUCUAGGGUUCCAUAGUCACAGUCAAUAACACAUCUCUAGGGUUCCAUAGUCACAGUCAAUAACACAUCUCUAGGGUUCCAUAGUCACAGUCAAUAACACAUCUCUAGGGUUCCACGCUGGUCUAUAGUCACAGUCAAUAACACAUCUCUAGGGUUCCAUAGUCACAGUCAAUAACACAUCUCUAUGGUUCCAUAGUCACAGUCAAUAACACAUCUCUAUGGUUCCAUAGUCACAGUCAAUAACACAUCUCUAGGGUUCCAUAGUCACAGUCAAUAACACAUCUCUAGGGUUCCAUAGUCACAGUCAAUAACACAUCUCUAGGGUUCCAUAGUCACAGUCAAUAACACAUCUCUAGGGUUCCAUAGUCACAGUCAAUAACACAUCUCUAGGGUUCCAUAGUCACAGUCAAUAACACAUCUCUAGGGUUCCAUGCUGGUCCAUAGUCACAGUCAAUAACACAUCUCUAGGGUUCCAUAGUCACAGUCAAUAACACAUCUCUAGGGUUCCAUAGUCACAGUCAAUAACACAUCUCUAGGGUUCCAUGCUGGUCCAUAGUCACAGUCAAUAACACAUCUCUAGGGUUCCAUAGUCACAGUCAAUAACACAUCUCUAGGGUUCCAUAGUCACAGUCAAUAACACAUCUCUAGGGUUCCAUGCUGGUCCAUAGUCACAGUCAAUAACACAUCUCUAGGGUUCCAUGGUCACAGUCAAUAACACAUCUCUAGGGUUCCAUAGUCACAGUCAAUAACACAUCUCUAGGGUUCCAUAGUCACAGUCAAUAACACAUCUCUAGGGUUCCAUGCUGGUCCAUAGUCACAGUCAAUAACACAUCUCUAGGGUUCCAUAGUCACAGUCAAUAACACAUCUCUAGGGUUCCAUAGUCACAGUCAAUAACACAUCUCUAGGGUUCCAUAGUCACAGUCAAUAACACAUCUCUAGGGUUCCAUAGUCACAGUCAAUAACACAUCUCUAGGGUUCCAUAGUCACAGUCAAUAACACAUCUCUAGGGUUCCAUAGUCACAGUCAAUAACACAUCUCUAGGGUUCCAUAGUCACAGUCAAUGACACAUCUCUAGGGUUCCAUAGUCACAGUCAAUAACACAUCUCUAGGGUUCCAUAGUCACAGUCAAUAACACAUCUCUAGGGUUCCAUAGUCACAGUCAAUAACACAUCUCUAGGGUUCCAUAGUCACAGUCAAUAACACAUCUCUAUGGUUCCAUAGUGAUAGAGGAAAUUAUGGUUGAAAUGACUAAUUAUGUAUACAUUCCAAUCAGAACUGACUAGUCCAAAUGCUAUAAUGUACUGUACAUGUGAAUUUUCUCUCUUGCUCCCUUUCCCAAUUGUAUAUAAUGUAGUCAGGAGUUUAGUAACAAUGAAGGUCUGUUCCUUAGUUCAUUCAGUUGUACAAAUCUCCAGGUGGUGGGAACGGGCCAUCUCCAGAUUGUCGAGAAUGUUGAUUUAUACUGACUGGCCUUGACUUCGUGCUGAUAACGCAAAGGCUCAAGAGCUAGGGGGCCCCUCUGCUUGUGAAAUAGAACGUUUGGAAAACGCUGACGUCAUUUUCAGUUUAUAACCUGUGGAAAUGUGUGUAUGCAUUUAGUACUCUCUGGAAUUAAACGCUCUUACCUGACUUUUAA